CGUAGCAAUUAGCAACCCAUAUGUUGCAUUUCUUGAGACAUUUGUUUCAUUACAAUUGUAGGAACUGGGUUAUUCGAAAAUAAACUUCUGUUAAAAAAAAAAAAAAAAACCGAAAGUAGUCCCUGUAGAAUUCACUUUCUGAAAAUCUAAACCCAAAACCACCACUUUGAAACACUUUAUACUAGUAGUUCGGUAAACCCUCGUAAUUUCAUUCCCCUUUGGGAUCUCAUCAUUAACAUAGAAAUGAGACGAAGUUUGAGUAAGCUUUCUCACUGCUCUAUCGGCCAACCACCCGCUUCCAUUUCCUCCGCCUUUUCCACCUUCUCCGGCAGCGGCGGAGGCGGAGGCGGUGGUGGUAGAGGGCGGGGCAGAGGUUCCGAUUUCCCAAACUUUGGAUUCAGUCCGGGUAAACCCGAAACCGAUGACUCCAAACCCGAAUCCGAACCCGAACCCGCCCCUCCUGGAAUUGGACAUGGACGUGGUCGAGGUGGUAAACCAUUCCCUUCUUCGCCAAUUCUUCCCUCAUUUUCUUCCUUCAACCCUAACCCUAACACUAAACCCCCUUCUGGCCGUGGCCGAGGUGGUAUCGGCGCAUUUUCUCCACCACCACCUCAGCAGCAGCAGCAACCGCCGCCACUGAGGAAACCGAUUUUCUUCACAAAAGAAGAAGAAAAAGUUGAUUCUAAUUCCAACUCUUCUGAAGAUCCUAAUCUUCGUUCUGGUAUAAUAUCAGUUUUAUCCGGUGCGGGCCGAGGAAAGCCCGUGCAAACAGCUUCUCCUGUAACUGAGAAGCCUAAGGAAGAGAAUCGCCAUCUCCGUGUUCGGCAGCAGCAGAAAGCUGCCCCUGCCGAACCAGGGGAGAGAGCGAGCAGUCCACCGAAAUUGAGUAGGGAGGACGCGGUGAAAAAGGCGGUAGGGAUAUUGUCGAGAAGCGAUGAUGGUGGUGAUGCGGGUGGUGGGGGUAGGGGAAUGGGAAUGGGAGGGUUUAGAGGGAGGGGUGGUGGUGGUCGUGGUGCGAUGAGAGGAAGAGGGGGUAGGGGUAGAGGGAGAGGAAGAGGAAGAGGUUAUCGUCGCGAUGAAGAGAGUGGGGAUGGUAGUUUAGAGAGUGGGUUUUAUCUUGGUGAUGAUGCUGAUGGGGAGAAGUUGGCUACAAAACUUGGGCCUGAAACUAUGAACACAUUGGCUGAAGGCUUUGAAGAAAUGAGUGCUAGAGUGUUGCCUUCUCCCAUGGAUGACGCCUACGUAGAGGCCCUUCACACUAACAUGAUGAUAGAGUGUGAACCAGAGUAUCUGAUUGGAGACUUUGAAAGCAAUCCUGAUAUUGAUGAGACACCUCCGAUUCCCCUUCGGGAUGCUCUUGAAAAAAUGAAGCCAUUCCUCAUGGCAUAUGAAGGGAUUAAGGAUCAACAGGAGUGGGAGGAAGCCAUCAAAGAAACUAUGGAAACAGUCCCACUUAUGAAAGAGAUUGUUGAUUACUACAGUGGACCCGAUAGAGUAACGGCAAAGCAACAGCAGCAAGAGCUGGAAAGAGUGGCAAAAACGCUUCCAGAAAGUGCACCUAAUUCAGUAAAGCGGUUCACAGAGCGUGCCCUUCUGUCUCUACAGAGCAACCCCGGGUGGGGAUUUGACAAGAAAUGCCAGUUCAUGGACAAGGUUGUAUUGGAGGUCUCUCAGCAUUACAAAUAGAUCAAUUCGUUCCCCCAAAAGAAUGUCUUUAAUAUUGAAGUUGAGAUAGAUGUGCUUAAACAGCAGCACUAUGGGCAGGAAGAUGACUAGGAAGUAUUGCCAGUACAAGUUUGUUUACUAGAAAUGCUGAGCAUUUUGUUUCUGUUAUGGAGAUUUUGAUUUUUUGAUAUGUGACAUAUAAUGGUAGUUUUGUUUUAAGGUUCUCCAUUGGCAUCGAGACAUCUCAGUUUUCAAUAAUUUGAAGAUGAUUUCUGAUA